GUCCUUAGAUGGGAAAUCACAAAGCUGACUUGCGAUUAUCGUCAAGAAAUGAAUGUGUUUGAUCCCUUUAACUUGUUUGUCACCGCUACAUUUUUCGUAGUCAUGCACGUUUCCACGGGGAUGUUUUUCGAAUCGUCACUGCAGACCUCCUAUGCUCCAAACUACGACUUUUAUCACAAUCUUUCAAAGAUGAACGAAUGUCUUCGUCAUAUUUCUACGCAGUAUUCGGAAUUUGUGGACGUGGAAAUGCGGUACCGUUCUCGUUAUGGACUAUCUCAAUACGUUCUUCACAUCACGAACUUCACACUUGAUACAGUAGACAAAAAAACAGACAAACGAUCAAAGGUUCUAUUGUCUUAUGGGGAACAUGCGGCUGAGUUUUUCCCAGUAGAAAGUAUGUUUUAUUUCCUUAGGAAUAUAACACAGGGAUACGAUAUGCACCCUGGAACACGAGAAGGAAAUUUCACAAGAUUCGUACUGAACAAUUUUGAUUUGUAUCUCUUGACUAUUGUGAACCCAGAUGGAAGAAUGGUAGUUGAAACUACUAGAAAUUAUUGCUGGAUGGGUACCGCCAAUGACGUUGAUCUUAAUUCUGAUUUAAAAAACGGAGUUGGAAAUGGAAAUACAAUGAGAACUAUAGCAGGUGUGUUGUAAAAUUGUUAGUUUAAGAUAGUUUAAUUAUUAUUCAAUGAAAAUUUUACUUCCUUUUCAUUGGUGGAGAAGCCCACCACCUGACCUUUAAAUAACUGUCCACAAAUAAUGGACUGCUUAUGCUCAAUUUUGUACAACUGUGUUUGGCUGCGAAUAUUAUUCUGCUCAUGCAUAAACGAAACCACUCUUUUCUCCUUCUUGUGAUCGCUUUUACAUAAAGAUGGCAAAAUGGCCGAUAUUGAUCAAAAAACAAUCUCGGUGACGGAAUGAUAAAACAAUUUGUUAUUGAACUCGGUUAUCGCAAAAUAGUGUGAUUUAUUAUACAUUGUACUCACUAUCUGUUUUCUCAUUGGCUAAGAAUCUACAGUUAAUAUUGGUAAUCAGUGCAACCUACAGUUAGUUAUCUUCUAGCAGAUAACUGACUAAUCUGUACGUUGCGUGGGCAAUGCAUGAUUUCCAAGAGUAAUGUCAAACUGUUUUUCAUGCCAUGCUAUGUUUCUCCCUAUUUAUCAAUACAAUGUAUAAUAAAACUAUUAUUAGAUUCGCUUUUUGUGAUAUCCGGAAUAAUAAAGUUCUUGGUAAGUGUUUCAGCCUCAGCCUUCGGCUCAGCUGAUAUUACUUACCUAAACCUUGAUUAUUCCGGAUAUUACAAAAACCUCAUCCAAUAUUUGUUUAUUGUCAGUGUCUCGCAGAUCAAUAAUUAUUUGCCUGCUUGCCACUGACAACUCAACCUUGUCCAAUGAUAAUUGUUAAUAAUAAUAUUAUUAUAUAACUAUCAACUAAAUAGCAAGUCUGCUUUCAAAAGAAAAUGUGAUAUCUUCACAUGUGAAAAUAACAUGUUGUCUUCACACUUGAAAAGGUCACUGUUGCUAUGGCUACAUAUUAUAAUGCACCUUUUAUGGCAAAAAAACUAUUCAAUGAAAGAAAAAAAAACUAUUCAACUGAUCAUCAAUAGCACGCUGUAUGUCGUUAACAAGACAAAUCAGUGCAGUCUCGGUGCUGUGAUACUUCUUGUAGGCUGAUUGCAUCUUGGUACAAAAACUGUUGUCAUGGAGAUAUUCAUCAAUUUAUGAGGCGACAAUUCUUUCAAGUGUGUUUGACAGGAAUGAAAGAUUGAAAAUAGGCCUGUAGUUACUAAGCUCUUUGGAGUCAAGGGUUUCUUUCUUGAUAAGAGGAUGGACAAUUGACUUCUUGAAAUCAGAAGGAAAAAAACCUUUCUCAAAAGGCAAGUUCAUAAUGGUGGUUAUGGUUGGGAGAAGAACAUCGAUGCCGUUCUUUAAAAGCCAAGUCAGAAGUUUUUUUUUUUUUCAGACAUUUUUAAUAGUGCCAAGUUAUUUAUUGAUCUAUUUAUGCUCUAAAAUAUUUAUUAUUGAAAUCCUUUAAAUCAGUGGAUUAGAACUGAACCAAACAUUGUUUGUCUGGACUGUUACAAACACAACAGGACCUUUUUUAAAAAAUUAAUGUGAAUAUCAGUGAAAUCCAAGUUGAUGCCAUGAUUUUUUAAAAAAAAUAAAAAUAAAACAUUUCAAUUUUCAUGCAGCAUAAUUUAUGCAUAUUUUAUUUUAUCAUCAUGACCAAAACUGUGGUUGGGUCAGUGGUAAUGUUAUCAAGUUUCUGUGUUUGCUCUUUUUCUUUCCUUUGAAGCAGAUAAGGCAUGAUAAAAAAGGGCCACGGACAAGAUACCACCAUCUUGACUAAGCAGUGUCAAUCAAUAAUAAAUUAUAGAUUUUCUUUUCUCAGAAUUAAUUGUCUGAAAUUCAGGAUAAAUCAAUCCUUUAUUGUAUUUUUCUGUUUUGUCUAUUUUUUUUUCUGGUGUUAAUUAAUCUAUACUUUACAUAAGUCAUUAUGUAACAGAGUUUUAUACAGUUUUUCAGUGACUGGACAUAAAUGACUGGAGUGCAAAAUUAAGUUUAGUUAGGUGUAGUGUUUUCUCUCUUAAAUUAGUAUUGAUGACAGCAGUGACAAUAGAUUAUUACAAUGCAAUAAUAAUUAUUGGAUCUCCCAUAAAUGAUCAACCAAAAUGCUUAGAUUUUAGAGGAUACCAGUAGUUUCUUGUGAGAGUUAAACCACAUUGGAUCUCCUCUUGCAAUAGGUCUGGACAAUUAAUGUACUUAUUAGAAGAGAAUUGUUGCAGAAAGUUGUCACGGUUGCUUUUGACAGGUUCCAACUACACUGUAUAGGCAUUUGAUUGGCAAAUUUUAGUGUUUAGGAUAGGUUGUCCCUUAUGGGAUGUGGUCACUCGUGGAGAUUUGAUUUUUAUUGUCAUCAUCAUCAUCAUCAACACCAUCAUCAUCAUCAUCCCUAAUCAUACCAAGUGUCACUUAUGCAGGGGGAUCCAGGGAAUUGGGAAACAUUGGGUUAAGCUUUUGUGUUGAGAUCAUCAAAAGGAUGUAAAUGCAAAGAUCUGGGCCCAGUUGUUCGAAAGGUGGAUAACGCUAUCCACUGGAUGAAUCUCUAUCCAGUGGAUAACGCAAUAGAUUUCUCUAAUACUUAUCCACUGUAUGGCGAUUUAUCCGGUGGAUAGCGCUAUCCAAUGUUUGGACAACCGAAGCCUGAGCCACAAAUUGGGAAGGGGGAGGGGUUAUGCAACAGCCUCAGUUCAUUGCUAAGCCUUAAUCCGGCACUGAGUCUACAAAAUAUUGGUGUUCAAUAAAUCUACUCCUUCAUGUACAUUUACCUUAAAUUAAGUUCAUUGUUCUUCCUUACUAUUGUUAAUGUUAAUUUUAAUAAGUUUUUCCUUUCCGUUUCAGAACCAGAAUGUAAAGUUAUAAGGGAUUUAACUUCUAGAAAUCAUUUUGAUGCCUUUAUUUCAUUUCAUUCAGGACAAAGGAAAAUACUUUUUCCAAAUGGUAUACUUCACAACUUACAUGAAAUUCAUUUUAAUGUUUAAACUAUUUUCAUAAGUUAUUAUACAAAAUCGUAUAGAUUGAACUUUCUUAGUGGGUUUUAUUAUGCCUUAAAGUCAUGAAAGUUCAUUCUAUAGUUUUAUAGUGUCUUUUAGUUAGAAAAGUUUAGUCCUUCUGUUUUUUUUUUUAACACAACUGUUUCCCUGUUUAAGGGCUUAUUAAACUGGAAAUGAUAUUAUAGUUUUUUCUUAUUACAGCUGUGUUAACAUACCUGUCAUUGUAUAGACUGAAUUAUACCAGCUGUAAUGAUAUUCAGCUUAUAUUAUUUUGUAAUAUCAUUAGAAACCAUUCUGCAAUCAUAGUCUAAAGUGCUGGAAAGCCUACUACUUUUCCUCUUUCCUUUACCUCUUUUUUUUCUUCUUUUUUGACCCACCUCCUGGCCCAGUGUUGUAUAAAACAUUGCAUUGGGGGACCGGGGGAGAGGGGCGAUGUAAGAGGGUUAGUAAAAGGGAAAACCAUCUUUUUUAAACAUAAAAAUAUUUAACUGCAUCAUAUUAAAAGAAGCGAUUGUGCUUUUAAGCUGUACAACUUUUCCAAAUAAAUACUUUUGUAAGGGAUUGUAGUGUACCCAACUAACAUGAAGUUUUGAUAUGCAGGAACAAGUGCUAAAGGUUCUGAAAGCAGCAAUGUAUAUUACUUGGCAUCCUUAAUUUCAUCCUCUAUGACAUCAAGAUAUACUCUUGUUCCUUCUAAAAUUACUGAUGGUGGCAGGAGUAUCUUUGCCUAUGUGGCUUUAGAGAAAAAGGUAUUUAAUAUCACAGUACUAUUAAGUAUCUAUUAAUCAUCAUGAUAACAGAUUUGACCUCUAGAAACUACAUAUGCAAAAAUUAAUUUAUUUAUAUGAUGGCCGUGAUCAUUUCAUAGUUUGAUAUUUCUGUGGUCAUGGUGGCCCAAAAUAGCAGCAUAUUUAUCUGCUAGCCUGUUGAACUUACAUCCUCUCGAAGAGCAGGGCAUGCUUUCAUAAAUGUUGGUCUUUUUUGUUAGAUUUCAUUUACAUACAAAAUAUUUCUGUGGGAAAAUGAGCAGAAGCCAUCAGAGAUUAUAGGAAAAGACUGCUUUAGUACCUACAAUCCUCAGAGUGCUAACUUGGAGGUAAGAAACAACUAUUUUUAACCCACUGGUCCCUGCUAGCAGAUCCUCUUCUCCCCCCCCCCUUUACUUGAGAGGGAUAAAAGGAGGCUCUACCUGGAUCACGUCUAGCCUUUGAUGUCACUGCAGACUGAACUUCUGGACUGGUCAAUAGUGUUUUCUCUCCUCAAACUGUUUUUUUGAGUGCUUACCUGCCAUCAGGCAUUUUUUCUUUAUAAGGGAAGAUCUCAGGUUGAUCUCAGGUUAUUUGAGUACAAGCAUCCAUUUAUGAUUAGCUUAUGAUUAUAACACGGAGCCCACACACUGCCCCAUGACAUUUACCGUUCAUUUUCUCUCCCUCUUCCUUCUUUUACUUUUCUCCCACCCCCCUUCCCCACACCCUCCCCCCUUUUUUUGCUGGGCAUUUACUAUUUUCGAAUGUUUAAUAUUGGUUAGGUCGCAAGUAGUACAACCCAUGUGGAUCCACUUAGGCGUUUAUGGAAAGUUGUUGUGAAUGUGCUAAGAUGUGUGACAAAAUAUAAUAAUGUUAUUAAUGAUUUCUAAAAUUUUUCAUUAUAAUAUUGUUUAUGUGGCUAGGGAAUGAAUGCUAUUGCAUUUUUUCUUUUUCCAUUUGAAUGAUAAGUCCCAAGAUUUUAUUAGCGAUGAAAAUGGUAUUCAAGUUGCAUGUCCUAAAAUUUUCAUUUUUUUCCCUGGAAAACUCGAAGAAUUUUAAUGACACCUAUCUUCAUUGACUUGCAGGCCAAAUUAGAAGCUGUCCAUCCAUUGUAUUCAACUCUCUUUAAUUAUUUACAUUACUGGAAAGAAAUGCAACUAUACAAAACAGCAGAACAACUAGCAAAAAUUGAGGUAAAGUAUACUUUAAAAUCUUGAAAUGAUUUUAAGACCUCCUUUUGAUUAAAUCACUUUCAUAAUUUAUAAUGUGUUAACUUUUUCACAAGUGCAGUAACAGAUUCAGGGGAAUGGGGGGGAGGGGGGAGGGGCAUUAGAUGCCUCUACAUCCCCUUCUUACUUCCAAAACCCUAUCUUCAUCUCAUUUACAAGCUUUGUUUCUGAGGCAAACUUCCGCUUCUAACCUCAUAGAGCCUUUUCACAUGACGUCAUGACAGCCAUAUUGGUGUUCCAAAACAAUGAAACAGCGAGCAUGUUGGUGUUGCAAACCAAUCUUAUGGGAGUUGAACUCUUUUGUUAUGUAAAUGCUUUUGUUUGUUCCAGUAAAUUUGCAUAGAUGCUAGCCACAUCAGUGAAAAUGCCCUCUAUCCUCCCCUUGUUUUUUUUUAUAUAAAACUGAGGAGGGGUAGGAAAACCCUCAUACUCCAUACACUCCUUUCAUCUCCCUUAAUAAUACUAAUACUCCAACCUCAGACUGAACCAAACUGUUAUUUCUGUCUCUCUUCAGGAUACAAGGAGGUUAUCAUUUAGUACGGUAUUAUUCUUUUUAUUGGGUUGUACUGGAGUAUACUUGAUCUCUCAGGCACGAGUUCCUCUUUCAUGGAAGAUGUACUACAGACGACAAAGACGCAUUGUCAGCCUGAGAUCCUUAGGAACAUUAUUCACUUUAGUGUGUCUAGUUUGA